AUCGAUCUUGAGCUGCCGCUAUCUCAACUCGCCCUGAUCCGAGAAUCAGGGGGCCCUUUAAUCCAAUCAUUUGGGCUCAAGCCUGUGGUGCGCCCCGCCCACCGGCUGCGUCAGGUUCACCGUGAGGCGUCCCUUCGCUCUGCGCCCCGAGCAGACGCCAGCGCCCGUUCUCCCUGCGACACGCAUGGCGGACGCUCGCCGCAUGUGCAGAGCUCCGCGCUGCAUGCCUGAGGCGGGUCUGCGGACUACCAGUGGCAGCACUCCAGGCAGCAUGGCGUGCCCCGAAGGUGCUGGCGGUCAGGUGGAGCCGCUGCCGCUCCCCAGGUUCCUGACGGACCGCGGGCCCUUCCGAGCGGUCUCGAAGCAGCCGCAGGCCGGCGGUGCCCUGGCCUGCAGCUCCCGUGAAGAAUUGCGCAGGGCCGGCGCCGGCAGCUCCGCGCACCAGGUGCGCGAGGUGCCCGCCGAGCUUGGCGCGUCGGCUCCCGCUGCAAAUGGCCCUGGGCUGGCGGGCCUGGCCGAUGGCGUUCCGCCCUGGGCUGUGUGGGACGGAGUCGCCACUAGGAUGGUCCAGAGCCCUGCGAGCCUCUGCCACCAAGAGGAGGUCCUGGAGGCCGCUGCCCAGUGCGGCUUCUCCGGUCGGUACACUGUCUCCGACCAGCCGAAGGAGGUGCAGUUGGGCGGUUUCGAGGCGGCGGGCGCGGGGACGCUUGUCAGGCGGCCUCGCAUUCGCGGGCGUGACCGCCGCCAUCGUAACCGCCCUGCCUUGAAGAAUUUUCCAGGCGAGCCCGCGACCCCAGAGGUGUACGCAUAUGCGUGAAAUCGGUUCCAGGAUCUCCACCCACAGAUGUCCGCGUCGAGGACUAAGAUGCCGCAACGUAUGCCGGAUCCGAGACCAACGGGUUCAGUUGAAAUUGCGGAGGUUUCUUCAACGAGUUCCCAGACGAUCGCGCGACCCAGCAUUUGUGCGUAAUCGCAUAGCUUGGCUCGGGUUGAAGCAGCGGAACAUGUCCAUGCUUUUUAUCCGCCUGCACGGUGGGACAGGCUAUAACGAGUUUUGCCCGUAUCCAUAUCGAGUGGCAGGUCGUGCUGGUAGCCGCAGCCUUCAGUGUUGUCCAGACGAAGUGCUAGAUGCACUCCUCCUCCGUUUUCUCCUCCGCCGCCUCAUUCCUCUCUGCACACUCGCCAUGCGUUCCUUCACUCCGUCCUCAAAAUUCCGACAGCUGUGUUGGGACUGUGCCUUGCAUAGCCUACCGCCCAGAAAUGUGUUUCCUGCCAGGUUGCAGCGCGCUGUCCACAGCUCUGCACGAGGUCUGCAAACGCUUGUUUUGUUUACGUUGGGCGGGGGUGGCACCCUUGAAGCGGCUCGUGUGGGGGGGGUGUAGAUUCCAAUCUCCGCUCUCUGGGAAGCAGCAGUCUUGCCGUCGCUGUGUAGCUCAAUACCCAUGUUGCGCGGGCGGGGGCAGCUGGUGCGCAGCCGGGCCUAGCUCGCGACGCCAGGUACGCCCUUGAACAAUUACAAGCUAAUAACGCGUGUUGACCGUCUGGUGGAUUUCUGUAAUGAAUGGGAAUGAGCAGGGAUAAUCGCAGCUUCGAGAGUGUCGUCAGCAUGUUGCAUCUGCUCGGGCUUGUCUGCCCCAGCUUGAUCUGGAGUUGCCGUGCAAGCUGGUCGGGCACAGGCCCAGAGAGCAAUUCGAGAUAGUUGCUUUUCCGUGCACGGCAGGGCGAGUGAGCUAAUCUUGCUCUCACAGACGACGCUCCGCGCAUGGUGUCUCAGCGUGAUCGCGGGGCCUAUGCGUUUUUGAAGAUCAACGUCUGAAUUCUGAAUCUCAGUCAUGCUAAGCCCUUCACACCCCUCGCAGAAAGCAGAGACCCCUUUGAGCGCAGCCAGAGGGUGUCCGCGGAUCGGUUGGCUGCGUCGCAGUCGGCUGCGUUUGGUCGGUUCCGUCCGGUCUGCUGCUGCUGUGUCGGCGCUGUGCCCUCCGGGGCUGCUCGCGGCCUGGUGGUCUCGCGCGGUUUCGCGCCUACGCUGUCGGGUCGCUCGGUUUUCGCUUGUGCUGCCGCCUUGGGAGGC